AUAUAGUGAGUAGUAUAUAGUUUUAUAUAUACAACAUGACAAGGGGAUCACGAGCCGAAUAUUCUUUGCGCACCAAGUCCCGUUACGCGUUCGAUUCCUGCGGGUGUCCCUUUCUGGGGUUUAAUUUCUCUCUCUUGUUCUUGUUCGGGGUGGAUGAGGAUCGCUGGAGGCGAGAAUGUGAAGCUCUUCGAUGUCGCCAGGGUUGCGCUGGUGGAAUCACGCGAAGAUCGUCAAGCUUCUAGGAUCUGUGCGGCAGGCAUCCUCGAGACGUUUCGUUUAGCUCAAAGUCGUGGAGAGAUCGUCGUUGGAAUCUGGGGCAUGCAAAGCUCCAGGGAUGAUCACGCAAAGACGAGCACCUCCUUCGAUCAGGUAAAGCUUUCCUCCCUUUGUUCCUGGUCACGUAGUGAGCUUUUGCCAUGCUUCCUCAUAGAGUUUUUGUUCGGCCGAGCAGAAAGCUUGACGAUGGAUCGGUGCAUCUAGUACUGGAGGCAGUCCAAAGGUAUGUUUGGGUCGCUCGCUUUCUUCAUUGACACGCGGCCGAGGAAGGCAGGUGGUCUUUCCAGGAAAAAAUAGAGCUGGAAAGCGAGCUCGAGCAACCUCUCGAGGGCGAGAGGUAAGUAUGAGGUCGCUACAACUUGAGGCCCUGCCACGACUCGAGGGCCACAAAGAACCUCUGCCAACCGAAGUAGACCCCCUCUAUGAUGAGAGCAGUCAGGUCCCUGGGCUCGUGGUCAUCCUCGCGAGCACUCUCGAAGCACUUGAGGUAGACAUCCCGGUCUACAAACUCGUGCUGGCGGCCAGCGCCAGCAG